UGCAGUUAGAGACAUCACACACAAAUAAUCUUACUAUUGUUUUGUGCUGUCCUAUUAUACUUUUUUUCCGAGAAUGAUUGUCUUUUGCUUUAUGUCGCCUUUUUUUGUCCUAUUGUACUUGUGAGGAGAAAUACUUUUUUUAUUCUUUUGCUUUAUGUCGCCUUUGAUCUUAUUCGAGUAAUCCUCUGAAUCUUUUAUUUGCUGUUGCCACUCGAUUCUUGUCUGUUUUUUUGCAAAACUGUUCUGUGAACAGUGACUCAGCAACGUAGAGUACCACAUUAAUUUGCAACGAGGUGAGUCACACAUAGCUGUUACCAUAUAAAUUAUCGGUCCUAUAUUAUUCAUGCUCCUGGAUUCAGUCAUAUAUGUAUUUUCUUGGCCUUGAUGAUUCAAUAAUUUCUAUGAUGCUUUGCUUCAUGGCUGCCGCAAGUUUGCAUCGCUGAUUGCUAAGUUAGCUACCACACAUUAUAUGAUCUCAAGCAUUUGUUCUCUGAGUCAUUGUUUUGCACUUCUGCUACUGCCACCGAGUCCUCUGAUUUAAUGCUAAUGCAGCUUCUCAGGUAUCUGAGAACUGCCUGCUACAUCUAAAUAAUAUCCAUACCUUGGUUGCUCUCUCUCAGAAUUCGAAAAGUACCCAACUCUGUACAUUGACUGUUGUGAAGAUCCUGAACACCAUUAUUUGCAAGCUACUUGAUACAGGUUCGGUUCUUGAUGAGAUGGAACCUGAAACUGUAUUUGUUGUAGUCUUGUAGAUAAGGCUGACAGCAGCAAGACUUGUGUGAUUGAUGUGUGUGUGUUUGUGAUGUGCGUCGGAACUUAGCUGUGAGUGUAGAGACGGUAUCCACCAGCCGGAAUAAUCUAAUAAUGUCACUUGUGUACUCAAUAGAAGUACUCAAUAAUGCGUAUAUAUCGAGCAUGCAAUGCAGGAGUAAUUUGAUUCGAGUACUGAUGUUUGUAGUAUGCCUAUAUGCACAUUCCCGUGUCAUUUGUUUUGUCAUACACUUUAGGGUAUAUGCACAAUCUCGCUGAAAAGUUUAGAUCCCAUCUGGAUUCUUCAACGAUGCAGCUUUGGUCUUCCAUUGUAACAUGAAUUAAAUGAUUUCGCCUGCAGUGUCAUUCUUCAGUGGUAAUUGAAGGGAUCUUGUUUUCUCUGGAAUGUCCAUGAAUACCACUGAAGAAAAGGGGGAGGAAACGACUUUACUCUGUAAUAAUCUGAAGUCAGUUUUGUAUUGUCUGGUCCAUACAUCGUAUCAGUGAAUUGGUUACUAAAUUAUGUUUAUCUAGCUUCUGGAUGAUUUAUGAGUACACCAUUUCUUGCUGUUGCUUGGCCUCAUACAAUGGAAAUAAAUACGGACGGUUCUUUCUAUCGAUGGAGCUACAUUUUGAUUAUUUAUUAAACUACUUGCAUCUAAAUUAACAACUGCAAUUGUAUUGAAGUCCUAAAUUUGAGUGUCUGAGAUGCUCUUUGUACCUGAGUGUUCCAGGCACUAGCUUGUGCAGUUAGAGACAUCACACACAGCAAGUAGUCUUAGGUUGCUGUUUAUUUUACUUGUGAGGAGAAAGGCUAUUGUUUUAUUGUAAUGAAGUCCUAAAUAUGCUGCUGUUUGAAUCUUUUCUUUGCUGUUGCCACUGGACUCUUGUCUGAUACUACUUUCUGUGAGCAGUGACUCAGCACUGUACAGUACUAUAUUGUUUUGCAACAAUGUGAGCCUCAUAGAGACGUUACGGUUCAUAUUUUUGGCCCUUAGUAUUAUUCAUGUUCUUGGCUUCAGUCAUUUGUAUUCUCGUGGCUUGAUGAUUCGUAUUUGUCAUUCCUAUUCAGCGCUUACUGGCUGUAAUAGUAUGAUGAUGGUUUGCAUCGCUGAUUGGUAAGUCAGUUAGCACGCAUUAUUGUUAAACUCAAUUAUUUCUCUUAUGCCGCCUCAAGUUUUCCACAUUGUUUUCUGAGUCAAUGUUUGCAGAUCACAACUCUAAAUGUUGACAGUUUCGAAGUUUUUUGAACACCAACAUUUGUAGAUCACCAACUACUCGGUACAGAUUUCUCAUCGGAGAUGCCGUUAAUUAAUUAUCGUUGGUUGGUGAGUGCUCGGCGUUGGAACCUAGCUGCGGGUGUAAAGCCGGCAUCUACCAGCCAGAAUAAUCACACAACGUCACAUGUGCAGGCUACGCACCAGCCGGGCAUGCAAUGCGCGAGGUAUUAGCAGAUCAAUGGCGAUAGCAGUGGGAGUAGGUGUGGGUGAGUGGGUAUGGUGGCCGGGCCUCGCCCUCGGCGCCGUCCCGCUGCUCUGCCUCGCCGUCUGGCACUCCACCGACGCGUGGUACCGCGCCGCCUUCUUCCUCAGGCACGGCGGCCGGCGCCGCCUGCCGCCGGGCCACAUGGGCCUGCCUUUCCUCGGUGAGACGCUCUCCUUCGUCUGGCACUUCAAGCUCGCGCGCCGCCCGGACGACUUCAUCGCCGCCAAGAGGCGCGCGCACGGCUCCGGGGCCGGCAUCUACCGGACGCACCUCUUCGGCUCCCCUGCCGUCAUCGCGUGCUCUCCGGCGGCCAACAAGUUCGUGUUCCAGUCCGCCGAUAACUUCGGCAUACGGUGGCCGGUGCCGGAGCUCAUCGGCCACAAGUCCAUGGUCAACGUCGAGGGCGCCAGCCACGCCAGGCUUCGUGGGAUCAUCCUCACCGCCAUCAACCGCCCCAGCUCGCUUCGGACCAUCGCCGCCGUCGUGCAGCCGCGUGUUGUGGCGGCGCUGGCCGCGUGGGCAGACAUGGGGACAAUCUUUGCCUCCACCGAGAUCAAGAAAGUGACGUUCGCGAACAUAUUCAGAAUGUUCAUAAGCAUGGAGCCGUCGCCAUUGACAGAGCAGAUAGACCAGUGGUUCGGCAGCCUGAUGGCUGGCCUCAGGGCAUUCCCCUUGGAUUUUCCAGGGACAACAUUUCACCGCGCUCGCAAGUGCCGUCAGAAGCUGAACGCGGUCUUCCGACAUGAGCUGGAGGCAAGGAAGAAGGUGGACAAGAAGUGUGAUGAUCUCAUGAGCGGGCUGAUGUGCACCGAGGAUGAGCAGGGGAAGAGGCUGAGUGAUGAGGAGGUUGUGGACAACAUGGUCAACCUCGUGGUCGCUGGCUAUGAAUCCACGGCCAGCGCCAUCAUGUGGGCUACCUACCACUUGGCCAAAUCCCCUGCCGCCCUCGCCAAGCUCCGAGAGGAGAACAUGGCAGUGAGCGAAAGCAAAGGUGGUUCAUUGAUGAUCACCCAUGAUGACCUCCCAAGGAUGAAGUACACGGCGAAGGUGGUGGAGGAGACGAUCCGAAUGGCCAACGUCGCCCCCAUGGUGCACCGCGUGGCGAACCGGGACGUGGAGUAUGGUGGGUACACGAUCCCGGCAGGGUGGCCGGUGCUCGUGUGGGUGAGGUCGCUGCACACCGACCCAGUCUACUACCAGGACCCCCUCACCUUCAACCCCGACAGAUGGGAUAAACCAGCGAAGCCAGGGACGUACCAGGCAUUCGGUGGCGGAUAUAGGAUUUGUGCCGGGAACAUGCUCGCGAAGUUGCAGAUCACCAUCAUGCUCCAUCACCUCUCCACUGGUUAUGAAUGGGAGCUGUUGAAUCCUGAUGCGAAGAUCAAUUACCUUCCACACCCAAGGCCAAUGGACGGCGCAUCCAUGACCUUCCGUAAGCUUAGAGCUUGAUGGAGAUGCAUUCAAUGAUUUUUUCUAGCUAUGUGCUAGUGCAUCAAUGUUAAUUCUAUUAGUAUUGUAUGAUCAUAUCAGAACUAUAGCUAGUAUAUCUUUUUCUGGAAAUGACAUUAUCUUUGUAAGCAAACAUGGGCAUAAUGCUUUUAAAUUUGUACUGCAAGGGACAAGACCAUUAUUUGAAAGCUA